GAGUGGCCGAUCAGCAUUGACUCCGACACUGCAGCGUCUCCUUCACUGAGGAAACUGGACGGAUCUGCAUCAGGGACAGCAGGGGCAAGCAGCACAGACAGCACAGCAUCCUCCUGGGCUCCUUAUUGCACAGCACAGAAACUAUUUCAUUGUGUGUGGGGAUACAGCAAGCUGACACCAUUUCACUGUGGACAUUACACCCUCUUACAGAUAUGGGUGACAUGGGAGACCCUCCAAAAAAAAAACGCCUGAUUUCCCUAUGUGUUGGCUGCGGUAAUCAGAUUCACGAUCAGUAUAUUUUGAGGGUUUCCCCGGAUUUGGAAUGGCAUGCAGCCUGUCUCAAAUGUGCAGAGUGCAAUCAGUAUCUGGAUGAGACCUGCACUUGCUUUGUUAGGGAUGGCAAAACCUAUUGUAAAAGGGACUAUAUCAGGUUAUACGGGAUCAAAUGUGCAAAGUGCAAUAUCGGCUUUAGUAAGAAUGACUUUGUGAUGAGAGCCAGAUCUAAGGUGUAUCACAUCGAGUGUUUCCGCUGUGUGGCCUGCAGUCGCCAGCUCAUCCCGGGGGACGAGUUCGCUCUAAGAGAAGAUGGCCUUUUCUGCAGGGCAGACCACGACGUGGUGGAGAGAGCCAGCCUGGGGGGCAGCGACCCUCUCAGCCCCCUGCACCCUGCAAGACCCCUGCAGAUGGCAGCAGAACCCAUUUCUGCCCGGCAGCCCGCCCUAAGACCCCACGUCCACAAACAGCCAGAAAAGACCACCCGGGUCCGAACAGUCCUUAAUGAGAAGCAGCUUCACACCUUGAGGACCUGCUACGCUGCCAAUCCCAGGCCUGAUGCUCUAAUGAAGGAGCAGCUAGUGGAAAUGACUGGGCUUAGUCCCAGGGUCAUCAGGGUCUGGUUUCAAAACAAGAGGUGCAAAGACAAAAAGAGGAGUAUAAUGAUGAAGCAACUCCAGCAACAACAACCAAACGACAAAACUAAUAUUCAAGGGAUGACAGGAACCCCUAUGGUGGCUUCUAGUCCCGAAAGACACGACGGCGGAUUACAGGCGAAUCCUGUGGAGGUUCAGAGUUACCAACCACCGUGGAAGGUCCUCAGUGACUUUGCACUGCAGAGUGACAUUGAUCAACCGGCUUUCCAACAACUGACCUGUUUCUCACAGGUUAAUUUUUCAGAAGGAGGACCAGGUUCCAAUUCGACUGGAAGUGAAGUGGCCUCAAUGUCUUCACAGCUACCGGACACUCCAAAUAGCAUGGUAGCCAGCCCCAUCGAGGCAUGAAAGGAAUGGACUCAGUGAUUUUCCCCAAAAACUUUUGGAAAUAAAACGGGAAGAAUAUACUCUUGGACUUCAAUACAGUAUUUUAUGAACCAACUGAUGCAGCCAGAGCCUAUAGGAAACCCAGGAUGAUGCACGGAGUCCAUCUGGAGAUGAUGGAAGGUAGCAACACUGUGAAGACAAUCAUGGGAUAUAUAUUACUAGGAUUGAACGACCUAAAAAAAUAUUCAAAAUGGUCGAGGAAUAUAGCAAGAAUAUCACAUACAAUAAAUGGGGCUUUGAGGAAUUAUAUCUGUUGAUCUUUGGAGAAAAAAAAAAGAGGAACCAAGGAUUAAUCUUGAUUGCAACCCUUAGCACAUUUUACAACAAACCCAAGAUGGAGAGAUAACACACACAUCAUCUUAAUCCGAAUGGUGCUUAUCUCACAUCACUUAAUCAUUGCAUUGCCAAACAGGAGCUCUGAGAGGUUUGAGGCCAGCCCAGACUAUGACCAAGUUAAAUGGACAUUGACUUGAGGGAUCUUCUGGAGGAUUAGAGGUGCAGUUUGGAUACAUCAGUUUGCAAUGUUCUAAACAAAUUGUAACAAAUGGGGAGUUGCUAAAAUUAUAGCAUGUUGACUGUUUUUUUUUUUUUUUUGAGAUCCUUCUUGUCUUUCUCAUGAAGUCCAAAAAAAUAAAUAAAUAGAAAAAAAAAAAAAAAGUUGAAAACCACAACCAAACUACAUAAGCAACAACUAAAGACAGGCUUAAUUAGAUUAUUAUUUUCAAUAUGCUUUUUUCCCCCAAAUCAACUCUAGGAAGCAUUGCAACAACAAGGUAUACCUCUUUAAACACAAAUAUCUCCAGUUUGUUUGUGAUUCUUGUUAGUCCAAGAACUUUUUCCCUCCCCCACCCCCCCAAAGAUGUGUAUAGUUAUUGGUUCAAACGACUGUUUCUCUCUGGAAAUAAAGAGGAAUGAAACUUUCUGUUUGCUCUUGCAUUGCAAAAUUAUAAAGUAAUUUAUUAUUUAUUGUCGAAAGA